CUUGGUCGCCAUCAUCACAUCUUACAUGUAUAUGUCUUUACGUUGGGAAUAAACAGAGAAGUGUAGUUGAAGAUAAUGUGCGGGCGCACUGCUUGUACCCUUGAUCCUGGAGAAGUUAGAAGGGCCUGCACCUACAGAGAUGGCAAUGGUAAAAGACGUCAGCCCACGUGGAGAGAUGCCCCAGGGGGAAAACAGUAUUACCCAUCGCACAAUGUUGCCCCUGGCUCUUACACUCCAGUCAUGCUGUCCCACAGACAUUUCCAGGGCUCAGGGGAGGUAACUGUGGGACGUGUGCUGAUGCCCAUGCAGUGGGGUCUCGUCCCUUCUUGGCACAAGGGAGACCCCAAGUCUGUGAUGUACAACAUGAACAACUGUCGCAGCGAUGGCAUGUUGCAGAAAAAGAGCUUCAAGGGGCCCUUGGAGAAAGGAAGACGCUGUGUGGUUUUAGCCGAUGGGUUUUUCGAAUGGAAAAGAGACAAAUCUGAAAAACAGCCCUACUACAUUUACUUCCCUCAGCCAUCUUCAAAAAAGCUGGAAGGUGAGAAAUGUGACAUCAAUGUAGAUCUUAAAACAGAGGUCAAAGGUGAAGUCAAAUCAGAGGUCGAAGUUGAAGUCAAACCAGAUGUCAAAGUUGAAGUCAAACCAGAGGUCAAAGAUGAAGUCAAAUCAGAUCAAGCCCAAAGCGGAGUGAAACUGGAGGUCAAAGGUGAAAAUGAUCAAGGUAUAAAGAAAGAAUUUGAAGAAGACAAGGAUGACAAUGUGAAAGUGGAGGAAGAUUGUGGUGAAGGCUGUGAUAAUGGAUCCAGCUGUCAUGAAGAAGAAUGGCAGGGUCCAAGGUUACUGACUAUGGCUGGAGUUUUUGAUGUCUGGAAACCAGCUGAGUCUGCAGAGCCUCUGUACAGUUACAGUAUUAUCACAGUGGAUGCUUCUCCAGCCAUGGCCUGGAUCCACGACAGGAUGCCUGCUUUGUUAAUCAAUGAGGAGGAGAUAGAGCAGUGGCUGGAGUAUGGGGAGGUCCCUCUGAAAAAGGCUGUAGAAGUGAUCCGUCCUGUUGAGUGUGUACAGACUCACCCGGUGUCCACCAUAGUUAAUAACUCCAGGAACAAGUCACCUGACUGUGUAAGACCCAUUGACCUCACGAAGAAGAGUAAGCCGUCUGCCAGCAGCUCUUUCAUGAUGAACUGGCUAGCCAAAGGGAAGAAGGAAUCUCCAGUGAAGAAAUCAGAUGAUGGCCCUCCAGAGAAAAAAUUGAAGAUGGAACAGGCUUGAUCAAGCAACUUGAUAAUCCUGCAGUAUGUGGAUUAUAUGACUUCAUCAUUCUGCGGAAUGUGAAUUUAUGGCCGUGUUGUUUGCUGAUCAUCUGACUUUAUGGCCCUGUGGUUUCUUAAUCAUGUGACUUUAUGGCCAUGUGGUUUGUCGAUUUGACUUUUUGGCCACGUGUUGUGCUGAUCAUGUGACUUUAUUGUCACCUGGUAUGUUGAUCGUGAGACUGUAUGGCCAUGUGGUUUGUUGAUCAUGUGACUUUAUGGCCCUGUGGUUUCUUAAUCAUGUGACUUUAUGGCCAUGUGGUUUGUCGAUUGGACUUUUUGGCCACGUGUUGUGCUGAUCAUGUGACUUUAUUGUCACCUGGUAUGUUGAUCAUGAGACUGUAUGGCCAUGUGGUUUGUUGAUCAUCUGACUUUAUGGCCCUGUGGUUUCUUAAUCAUGUGACUUUAUGGCCAUGUGGUUUGUCAGUUUGACUUUAUGGCCACACGGUAUGUUGAUCAUGUGAAUUUAUGGCCAUGUGGUUUGUUGAUUAUGUGACUUUGUGGCCCUGUGGUUUGUUGAUCAUGUGACUUUAUGGCCAUGUGGUUUGUCGAUUUGACUUUUUGGCCACGUGUUAUGUUGAUCAUGUGACUUUAUUGUCACCUGGUAUGUUGAUCGUGAGACUGUAUGGCUUUGUGGUUUGUUGAUCAUGUGACUUUGUGGCCCUUUGGUUUCUUAAUCAUGUGACUAUAUGGCCAUGUGGUUUGUUGAUUUGACUUUUUGGCCACGUGUUGUGCUGAUCAUGUGACUUUAUUGUCACCUGGUAUGUUGAUCGUGAGACUGUAUGGCCAUGUGGUUUGUUGAUCAUGUGACUUUGUGGCCCUGUGGUUUCUUAAUCAUGUGACUUUAUGGCCAUGUGGUUUGUCGAUUUGACUUUUUGGCCACGUGUUGUGUUGAUCAUGUGACUUUAUUGUCACCUGGUAUGUUGAUCGUGAGACUGUAUGGCUUUGUGGUUUGUUGAUCACGUGACUUUGUGGCCGUGUGGUUUCUUAAUCAUGUGACUUUAUGGCCAUGUGGUUUGUCGAUUUGACUUUUUGGCCACGUGUUGUGCAGAUCAUGUGACUUUAUUGUCACCUGGUAUGUUGAUCGUGAGACUGUAUGGCCAUGUGGUUUGUUGAUCAUGUGACUUUGUGGCCCUGUGGUUUCUUAAUCAUGUGACUUUAUGGCCAUGUGGUUUGUCGAUUUGACUUUUUGGCCACGUGUUAUGCUGAUCAUGUGACUUUAUUGUCACCCGGUAUGUUGAUCGUGAAACUGUAUGGCUUUGUGCUUUGUUGAUCAUGUGACUUUGUGGCCCUGUGGUUUCUUAAUCAUAUGACUUUAUGGCCAUAUUAUUUGUCGAUUUGACUUUAUGGCCAUUUGUUAUGUUGAUCAUGUGACUUUAGUGUCAUGUGGUAUGUUGAUCGUGAGACUGUAUGGCCAUGUGGUUUGUUGAUCAUGUGACUGUGGCCGUGUGGUUUCUUAAUCAUGUUACUUUAUGGCCAUGUUAUUUGUCGAUUUGACUUUAUGGCCAUUUGUUAUGUUGAUCAUGUGACUUUAUUGUCAUGUGGUAUGUUGAUCAUGUAUGCGACUCUUUGAUCAUGUGGCAGAUGUCAAAUUCUCAGUUGAUUGCACACAGUUUUUGUUGAAGCAGAGAUGGUCACAUGAUUUAGAAAAGAGGACGAAGUCAGCUAAAUCUGAAAUUACACCAAAAAGAGACAAAAGUCUCUACCUGCUUAAGUAAAAACAAGUGGCUCAUGUUGCAACUGAUUUGUAAAACAGACCAGGCAAAGAAAUUUGCACGUUUCAGAAAGACACUGUAGCCUUGCACAGUAUUUGCUUUUUUUUUUUUUUUUUUUGAAGUCCAGUUACUUGUUACGGUUAGAUAUUUUGCUGGUAUAUCUUGUAGAUUAUUGUUACUGUAGUUUGAACAUUUACUUUUUUUUGUACAAGGCAUUUAUCUAGAUAUGUAUGUAUACAAUAGCUCACGUUGUUACCAGGCAUUUAUCUAGAUAACCAUGUAUGUAUGUGUACAACAGCUCGCGUUAGUACCAGGCAUUUAUCUAGAUAACCAUGUAUGUAUGUGUACAACAGCUCACGUCAGUACCAGGCAUUUAUCUGGAUAUACAUGUAUGUGCAUUGUAUGUGUACAAUAAGUCACUUUUGUUGAUCAGAUAUGUUCAUGAAUGCAUCAGACCACUCUGUUGUCUAGUAGUUUGUUUUUUUAUUCAGGUGUACUUCAGUGCUAUUUCAGAUGUUUCAUGCAUAUGACAUUCACAGACAUUAAUAGUUUUCUGGAUCCUAAAUUAUAAAAACAUUGUGGUUUUAGAGUUUUAACUGUUUUGGUUCUUUUUAUCUGGCUUGUGUGACUAUUUUUAUUUCAUUGUGGAUGUUCUCAUUACCAUAAUGAAAGCCAUUCUCUGCCUUUUGUUUUAAACAUAUUCUUGCCAAGAUAUGACUGAAAUAUUGCCGAUGUGGCGUUCAGCCAUAAUUAUUCAUUUGUUUACAUCAUUUCUGGUAAAUGACCUAAAAUCUUGCCCCAAAAAUGGUCUUCUGAUAGAUUCAUAUAAUACUCAAGUACAAGUGGUGUAGAAACGAAAGGUUCAUUUUGACUCAAUACUUCAGAACUUUAUUAUGCCAUUCUGAUAAAAUGCUGAAAUAUUGAGUCAGAAUGAACCUUUUGUUCUUUUGAGUUACACUACGUGUGUAUUACGUGAAAUUGUCUUAUUGCACAUAAUGCUGAAUCUUACAAUGAGUACUGUGUAAAACACGAAUCAAAUAAAUACAAUUAGUAUGGCAUCCUGCCUCCCAAACAAACCUCAGAAUGCCUGUUAAAGAUCAUUAUAAUUAUCAAAAUUAUUAAACUUCGUCAUGGGUGAACCAGCCGAUGAUAAUGGAUUCACUUGGGGUCUCCGCAAUUUCCUCCCACCAUCAUGUUGUCGGUCUUCAUGAAAGUGAAUUAUUUUGAGUAUGGUCGCAAAACACCAAACAAAUAAAUAGUUGUGGGUGAAAUUUUGGGUCUUCUCCACACUUUCCAUCACCCAUCAAACUCACGGCUGCUCUGUGGGGUAAAUAUUCCUGACUGAGAGAUCAACAACCAAUCCAUCUGUCCAUCAAUCUGUAUUCUGAACUUGUUCCUAAAUAUCAAAAUCUUAACAACUUCAUCCACAGAAAAACAAAACAUCAUUCCUGAUGUACAUAUAAAAUGUGUAUUGUUAUACUUUAUUAUGUAAUAAAGUUUUAGAAUUUUAA